ACAAGACAAACUGCUUUAAUAUUCAUCAGAAAUUUGGUGGAAAAAAAAAAAAAAAAACCUCUGAAUUUUCAAGCACCCAGUUUUCAAAUUACAACUGAACACUUCACCAUUAAAGUAUCCAAAAUCCAGUUAGAAGUUUAAUAUUCCCCCGUUUCCAUAUGUAGCAAACACCUAACCAUGAAUCCCAAUCUUGCUCAUCUGUUCCUUACCCUGUUUCUGCAAAUCAUAACCCUACACGUCGCCGGAAACUCACCUUCUGCCUACAAACCGGUCGAUGACAUCACCCUACAGUGCGGCUUUUCCGGCGACCAAGUCAACCAACAGGACGGACGAACUUGGAGUGGCGAUAUCAACUCAAAAUUCUCCCCCUUCCAAGCAGCUGGCAGCUCAUCCGUAUACAAAGCAGCAACCCCGAUCUACUCCUCCAGCCAAGUGCCUUACACCACAGCUCGGCUCUCUCGCUCCGAAUUUACGUACACAUUUCCGCUCACCAGCGGCCAAAAGUUCAUCCGCUUGUACUUCUACCCCACUUCCUACGCCGCCGAGUUCGACCGAUCUAAAUCCCUCUUCUCAGUCGAAGCCGGCGGCUUUACCCUUCUCCGCGAUUUCAACGCCUCUGUCACCGCCGACGCUUUCCCGUCGGAGACAGUAUCCAGGGAGUUCUGUCUCAACAUUGCAUCCGAACAGAGCUUGAACAUCACGUUCACUCCGAGCAGAGCAAGUCCAGAUGCCUACGCCUUCAUCAAUGGAAUCGAAAUCGUGUCCAUGCCCGACAAUCUUUAUUACACUCCACCACAAAGCGCAGAUGGGCCUGUUUCCGUAGGCAGCAUAAACUCGUAUCCGAUCAAAAAUAACACCGCCAUGGAGAUGGUCUACCGGAUCAACGUCGGCGGAUCUCAGCUCUCGUUCAAUCGGGACACUGGAAUGUACAGAAACUGGGAUGGUAUUCAAGUGGAGUACAACUAUUUGGACGAUUUGAGUAAAAACUUUAGUGUUCUGCCGCAAAACAGUAGUAUUCAGCCCGACUUUUCGAAAAUUCCGGAGUACUCUGCUCCGGAAGAAGUUUACCGAACCGCUCGGUCGAUGGGGAGGAACAAAACCAUAAACAAGAACUAUAAUCUCACCUGGGGGUUUCCGGUAGAUUCUACGUUUUAUUACUUUAUUCGGCUUCAUUUUUGUGAGUUCGAAGGUGCUGUUACAUUGCCCAGGGACCGGCUGUUUCAAAUCUUCAUCGCCAAUCAGAAGGCGGAGCAGUUUGCGGAUGUAAUCACGUGGAGCCAAGGUUAUGGGAAGCCGGUGUACAAAGACUACGUCGUUUUCGUGCCUGCAGGCGCCGGAAGUAAAAAGAAAGUUCAUCUCUUUCUUGCACUGCAAGCCACCCCAAAAGAUCGGUUGACGAAUUACAACGAUGCAAUCUUGAACGGACUCGAGAUCUUCAAGCUCAGUGAUUCAAAUAGGAAUCUCGCCGGACCAAACCCCGACCCGCCUCCCCCGCCAAAUAUAGCUCAGCCGGAGAGCCCCAAAGUUUCAGACAAGAAAUCUAUUCCUCUGCUUGGGAUCAUCGCCGGUGUAGUUUCAGGUGUGUUUGUUUUGGCCUCUGUGUUUGGAUUUUUGGUUUUCCGGAGAGGAAGAAAAGUCAAGGACUCAAGCUCCAGGCAAGGAACAAAGUGGGGUCCAUUUUCUUCUGCGACGACCAAGUCAACCAAGACUCACCGCUCUUCUUUACCGUCCGAUUUGUGUCGCUACUUUUCACUGGCGGAGAUCAAAGCCGCCACCCAAAACUUCGACAGUGUUUUCAUUAUUGGCGUCGGCGGUUUCGGACACGUCUACAAAGGAAAUGUCAACAUGGAUGGUGGGUUGCACCCUGUUGCAAUCAAGCGGCUGAAAUCGGAGUCGUCGCAGGGAGCUCACGAGUUCAAGACGGAGAUCGACAUGCUAUCCCAGCUCCGCCACGUCCAUCUGGUGCCACUCGUUGGGUACUGUAUGGACGACGGUGAGAUGAUCUUGGUGUACGACUACAUGGCGCGUGGGACUCUCCGCGACCAUCUCUACAAUACCGAUAAUCCACCUCUACCGUGGGAUCAACGGCUACAGAUUUGUAUCGGGGCGGCGCGUGGGUUGCACUACCUUCACACAGGUGCGAAGUACACAAUCAUUCAUCGAGACGUAAAGAGCACAAAUAUCUUAUUGGAUGAGAAAUGGGUGGCCAAAGUUUCGGAUUUUGGACUUUCGAAAAUGGGGUCCGCGAACGUGUCUCAGACCCAUAUCAGCACGGUGGUGAAGGGUAGUUUCGGAUAUUUGGACCCUGAAUAUUAUCGCCGUCAGCAAUUGACGGAGAAGUCUGACGUAUACUCAUUUGGUAUAGUGUUGUGUGAAGUACUGUGUGCGAGGCCAGCUUUGAUUCGUACGGCAGAGAAAAAGCAAAUGAGUUUGGCUGAGUGGACUAAAAUUUGUCAUCGGAAUGGGAAACUUGAUCAGAUCAUAGAUCCAAGCUUGAGGGGUAAGAUUGGAAAUGCAUGUUUGAAAAAGUAUGUUGAGAUUGCGGUGAGUUGCAUGCAUGACAGUGGGAUCGAACGGCCGUCAAUGAAUGAUGUUGUGUGGGGGCUUGAGUUUGCUCUGCAGCUUCAGCAGAGCGUUGGAGGGGAUUCAAAUUCGAACGAUGAAAUGGGCGGUGGAGAUGACAUUGGGAGUGUGACUGGGAGCGAUGUAGGGUUUAUUAGCUGGGAGGAGUCGUCGGAAUUGAAGAAGAGCAGGGUGAGCAAGACUAGUAGUGAUCAUAAUUCUACUACUAAUGAAUCGAUUAAAGGAAUGUCUGGGACUGUCUUCUCUGAGAUCAACGAUCCCAAUGGAAGGUGAUGAUUGAUUGAGCAACGUUUUUAAUCCGUUAGUGUUAAUAUAUUAAGCUUGGACUCGAACUUAUAAAUUGUAUUAAUCUGAUGAUAUAUGCUAGGUUGUAGUUGAGAAGUAAUCUAAACAAUUAGGUAUUGGUCUUAUGGUACUUCUCUUUCAAAUGUUGAUGGAGAAGUUAGCUAGGUUGUAGUUGAGAAAAACUCGUAUUUUAACAUAAAAAUAUUUAAAUUCCGAUAAA